AUGCCCGCCCAGGAGUCCAAGCCCGUCGACCCCGCGACCCACGAGGCCGACGAGGCUCUCGAGACCAUCGCCGACGCCAAGGCCAAGCAGCCCGAGGUCGAGUCGGACGACGACGACGACGCUGCCGAAGACGAGACCCCCGCGGCCGAGGCCGGCGCCAGCGCGAGCGCGAGCAAGAAGAAGAAGAAAUCGAAGCGCAAGAAGAUCAAGGAUGCCCUCACCGGGAACAAGUCUUCGUCCGCCGACCCCGAGCAGGACAUCAAGAAGGCCAUCGGCGGUCUGACCCCGCAGCAGGUCCAGGAGCUCAUGUCUCUGAACCCUGCGCUCGCUCAGGAGCUCGGCUCGGCUGCCGGUGCCGGGUCGACGCCCGAGCAGCAGGCUGCCGCGCUGCAAAAGCUCAACCUGCAGGACAUCAUGACGGGUCUGGCGUCGAGCGGCAAGAACGUCAAGGACAUGGCCAGCUACAAGUUCUGGGGCGCCCAGCCCGUGCCCAGGGCGUGGAUGGCGACCGGCUGGCGCAAGGAGUGGCACGUUGGUGUCCGCGCGUCGCAGUCCCGCAAGCUCGUCGCUUUCAUCUCCGCCAUCCCCGUCAACCUGCGCGUGCGCAACAACAACAUUCUCUGCUCCGAGGUCAACUUUAUCUGCGUGCACAAGAAGCUCCGCGGCAAGCGUCUCGCGCCCGUCCUCAUCAAGGAGAUCACGAGGCGCAGCAACGAGCGCGAGAUCUGGCAGGGCCUCUACACGGCCGGCGUCGUGCUGCCGACCCCCGUCAGCACGUGCCGCUACUACCACCGCGCGAUCAACUGGCAGAAGCUGUAUGAGGUCGGCUUCAGCCCCCUGCCGCCCAACAGCAAGCCGCAGUACCAGGUCCGCAAGUACCAGCUCCCCGACCACACUUCUACCAAGGGCUUGCGGGAGAUCCAGGAGAAGGACGUCGACGCCGCGCUUGACCUGUUGAAGCGGUACAUGGGACGCUACGACCUGUGGCCCGAGUUUGAUCGCGAGGAGUUUGUCCACUGGUUCAUCCCCAAGAAGGAAGCGGCCAAGGAGCAGGUCAUCUGGACCUACGUCGUCGAGGACGAGAACAAGGAGAUCACCGACAUCUUCUCCUUCUACUGCCUCGAGUCGUCCGUCAUCGGCAACACCAAGCACCAGAACGUCCGCGCCGCCUACAUGUUCUACUACGCCAGCAAGGUCGGCCUCGCCGAGCCCUUUGACAAGAACGCCCUCAAGGUGCGCCUCAACUCGCUCGCCGCCGACGCUCUCGUCCUCGCCAAGAGGUUCAAGUUUGACGUCUUCAACGCCCUGUCCAUCAUGGACAACGGUCUCUUCCUCGAGCAGCAAAAGUUUGGCCCCGGCGACGGACAGCUCCACUUCUACCUCUUCAACUACCGCGCCAACCCCAUCAAGGGCGGCGUCGACGCCAGGAACCGUCUCGACGAGGAUGACCUCAGCGGUAUCGGUCUGGCAAUGCUGUAG